AUGAUCCUGGCCACCAUCAUAGCCAACUGCAUCGUUUUAUCCCUGGAACAGCAUCUUCCUGGUGAGGACAAGACGCCUAUGUCCAAAAGGCUGGAGAAGACCGAGCCUUAUUUCAUUGGGAUCUUCUGUUUUGAGGCUGGUAUCAAGCUGGUGGCGCUCGGUUUUGUUUUUCAUAAGGGUUCCUAUCUCAGAAACGGCUGGAAUGUAAUGGACUUCAUUGUUGUGCUAAGUGGGAUUCUGGCCACUGCCGGUUCUCAUAUGAAUAUCCCCGUGGAUCUGAGGACCCUGAGAGCUGUGCGUGUGCUCAGACCCCUCAAACUAGUCUCCGGUAUCCCUAGUUUACAGAUAGUUCUGAAGUCCAUUAUUAAAGCGAUGGUGCCGCUGCUGCAGAUCGGCCUUCUGCUGUUCUUCGCCAUCCUGAUGUUCGCCAUCAUCGGUCUGGAGUUCUACAGUGGCAAAUUACACCACACUUGCCUGCCCUCUCCAGAUAUCCUCGAAAACGAGACGGUGGACUCGUCUGAGGUGGAGUUUGCGUGUGGCGUGAGAAAGUGUCCUGAGAAGUACACCUGCAGUGGCAGCUGGAUUGGGCCCAAUGAUGGCAUCACUCAGUUUGACAACAUCUUGUUUGCAGUGCUAACAGUAUUUCAGUGCAUCACUAUGGAGGGAUGGACUGCCGUCCUGUACAAUACUAAUGAUGCUUUGGGGCCCACAUGGAAUUGGAUUUAUUUCAUUCCUCUCAUUAUUAUCGGCUCGUUUUUUGUGCUCAACCUUGUUUUGGGUGUCCUUUCUGGUUUUAAGUUCAAAGUCAUGGCAUUAAAUGUUGCAAACACUGCAGAAAUUAAACUCAACGGCUACCGGGCCUGGAUAGACCGAGCAGAGGAAGUAAUGCUUGCAGAAGAAAACAAGAAUUCUGGGAGAUCAGCGUUAGAUGUUUUGAAACGGGCCACCAGCAAGAAAAAUGCAAGGCGUCGAGGACCAGGGGAGGAGAAAUAUUCUGAAGUCUCUACAGUUGGUGGCCCCCGCCCGAGGGUUGGUAUACGGACAGCGAGACGAGGGCCGGCUGCUUACAUGCGGCGCAAGGAACGCAUGUUGCGGAUAUCUAUUCGUCGCAUGGUUAAAACCGACAGCUUCUAUUGGAUAGUCCUCAGUCUGGUGGCGCUCAACACCAUUUGUGUUUCCAUCGUUCAUCACAACCAACCGGAAUGGCUCACUAUUAUUCAGUACUACGCAGAGUUCGUGUUUCUUGGACUUUUUCUUGCUGAGAUGUUUCUGAAAAUGUAUGGCCUUGGUUUCCGUCUCUACUUCCAUUCAUCCUUUAACUGCUUUGAUUGUGGGGUGAUUGUAGGUAGUAUUUUUGAAGUGGUUUGGGGAUUCUUCAGGCCUGGAGAGUCGUUUGGCAUCAGUGUCCUCAGAGCUUUACGUCUGCUACGAAUCUUUAAGAUAACAAAGUACUGGACAUCCUUACGGAACUUGGUGGUUUCCCUCAUGAGCUCCAUGAAGUCGAUCAUCAGUUUGCUCUUCCUCCUCUUCCUGUUUAUCGUAGUCUUCGCUUUACUUGGAAUGCAGCUGUUUGGUGGAAGGUACUGGACAUCCUUACGGAACUUGGUGGUUUCCCUCAUGAGCUCCAUGAAGUCGAUCAUCAGUUUGCUCUUCCUCCUCUUCCUGUUUAUCGUAGUCUUCGCUUUACUUGGAAUGCAGCUGUUUGGUGGAAGGGAGCUUUUUGAUCAUGUGAUUCACCUGAGUGUGUCAGUGAAGAAGAUUAAGUUCUUCUUCAAGCGUCACCUGGAGUACGAGAAGAAGAACGGCACACCUGAGGCCAUCCAAGCGGUCAAACAGAAGAAGUUUCGGGCUGCUGCCGCUGCAGGGGUGUCAGAGGGUGGGCGGCACAAACGCCACAGACAUCGAGAGUUCAGAACAGAGGCCAGAAAUGCAGAGAAUCACCAGCAAUUUGGGUGCAGCGAGAAACCGGCUGAGGAGGGUGAGGAUAAAAUGGAUGAAACACAGUCUAAAAACUUGAUGCACAUGUACGAAACAGAAACAAUCAUGUCUGGCAAGCAAAAUGAGAGUCAGGAGGAAUGCCAAAGGGAGUUUGUGGGUGAUGUGACUGGGAUUCCCCAAGCAUCUGGCCUUCAGGAGCUUCAGACUCUCUGCACUGGAAUGGAAGAUCAAGCAGAAAGCCAGGAAGCUCCAUUCCUGAGGCACAAAGAAGAGUUUUCAUCAGAAUCUAAGUACAUGACAGGGGAAGUCUCAGACAUUGAGAAUAAUGGCAGCUAUCUAAACCAGGAUGAGUGUAUGACAGAAACCAGCAUUAAACGAGAGACAUCAACCCAGCCUUUGUUGGAAAUGGCACCAAUGACUGUCAGCUUCAAAGACGUGGAGGCCUCUCACUCAGGCAAAGCUGAUGAGGGUAACGACGAUGAAGACGACGACGACGACGAUGAUGAUGAUGAUGAUGAUGAUGAUGUUGAGAAAGGAGGUGGACAGUCGACUGCCCCCAAACCCGACACACCUGACAGCAUGUUCAUUUUCAAAAGCACAAAUCCUAUCAGGAGGAUCUGCCACUAUGUGGUGACCCUGCGCUACUUCGAGAUGACCAUUCUCCUGGUGAUCGUGGCCAGCAGCAUUGCACUGGCUGCUGAGGACCCUGUGUGCACCAAUUCAGAGAGGAAUAAAGUUCUUCGAUACUUCGAUUAUGUUUUCACUGGCGUUUUCACGUUUGAAAUGAUUAUAAAGAUGAUCGACCAGGGCCUCAUUCUUCAUGAUGGGUCGUAUUUCCGUGACUUGUGGAACAUUCUAGACUUUAUUGUGGUGGUUGGAGCUUUAUUUGCUUUUGCAUUGACGAAUUUAAUGGGAAACAACAAAGGCCGAGACAUUAAGACCAUUAAGUCCUUAAGGGUUCUCCGAGUUCUCCGUCCCCUCAAGACCAUCAAAAGACUUCCGAAGCUCAAGGCUGUGUUCGAUUGCGUGGUCACAUCCCUGAAGAACGUCUUCAACAUCCUCAUCGUCUACCAGCUCUUCAUGUUCAUCUUUGCUGUGAUUGCAGUGCAGCUCUUCAAGGGAAAGUUCUUCUACUGUACCGACGGAUCGAUGGGGACGCAAAAAGAAUGCCAAGGCUACUACAUUGACUAUGGGAGGGACAGGAAGGAGGUGAAGAAGCGGGAGUGGAGGAGACACGAGUUCCACUAUGAUAAUGUCCUCUGGGCUCUUCUGACGCUCUUCACUGUGUCCACAGGAGAGGGCUGGCCACAAGUUCUCCAACACUCGGUGGACAUGACUGAGGAAAACCACGGCCCAAGCAGAGGAAACCGAAUGGAGAUGUCCAUUUUCUAUGUCAUAUACUUUGUGGUUUUCCCCUUCUUUUUUGUCAACAUCUUUGUUGCUCUCAUCAUCAUCACAUUCCAGGAGCAGGGAGACAAAAUGAUGGAGGAGUGCAACUUGGAGAAAAACGAGCGGGCAUGCAUUGACUUUGUAAUCAGUGCAAAACCCCUAACGAGAUACAUGCCUCAGAACAGACAGACCCUCCAGUACCGAUUGUGGCACUUUGUGGUGUCGCCGUCAUUCGAGUACACGGUUCUAGUCAUGAUUGCACUCAACACAGUAGUGCUCAUGAUGAAGUACCACUCGGCGCCAGCUGCCUACGACAUCGUCCUGAAGCACCUCAACACUGCGUUCACUGUGCUCUUCUCUCUGGAAUGCAUCUUAAAGAUUUUCGCCUUUGGGUUCAUGAACUACUUCCGUGAUACAUGGAACAUCUUUGAUUUCAUCACUGUGCUGGGCAGUAUUUCUGAAAUUGUGGUAGAUUUACAGUCUGUGAACACCAUCAAUAUGAGCUUCCUGAAGCUUUUCCGGGCAGCCAGACUCAUUAAACUGUUGAGACAAGGCUACACAAUACGGAUUCUGCUGUGGACAUUUGUUCAGUCCUUCAAGGCUCUUCCAUAUGUUUGCCUUCUCAUUGCCAUGCUUUUCUUCAUUUAUGCCAUUAUUGGCAUGCAAGUAUUCGGUAAUAUUAAAUUGAAUGAUGAGAGCCACAUUAAUCAACACACCAAUUUCAAAACGUUCUUUGGUGCCUUGAUGCUGCUCUUUAGAAGUGCCACAGGAGAGUCGUGGCAGGAGAUCAUGCUCUCGUGUCUCGGGGGGAAGGAGUGUGAACUGGACCCUUCGAUACCACCAACUUUCACCUCUCCAGAUCACGAAGGGGGCUGUGGCACGGACUUUGCCUAUUUCUAUUUUGUCUCAUUCAUCUUUUUCAGCUCAUUUUUGAUGCUGAAUCUGUUCGUGGCUGUGAUUAUGGACAACUUUGAGUAUUUGACCCGAGACUCAUCUAUUCUCGGACCUCACCAUCUGGAUGAGUUUGUGCGCAUCUGGGGAGAAUAUGACCGAGCUGCAUGGUGUGAUAUGGGCAAGCAUUGUCAUCUAAUUAUUUUGGCAUCACCUUAUUCCUUUAGGGGCUCCGUAGACACGGACAUGACCGUUGGAAAGAUCUAUGCUUCUAUGAUGAUCAUGGAUUACUUUAAGCAGAGCAAAGCCAAGAAGUUGAGGCAACAGAUUGAGGCACAGAAAAGUCCCACCCUGCCCCUGAUAUCUCACAGCGCUGGAUCAGCCUUGACCAGUGGAGGGUUUGUGGCUUUAAGCCCCAUAUCACCACAGGAGCUGUUAUUGCAGCCCAUGACCCACCGUACAGACAGCAGUGAAGACUACGAUGCCUCUCAGGUUGAUGAAUCAGGGUUGAAUGGCAUGUGGGGGGAUGAUCGCCCACCUGAACAUGCAUUCAGAACCAGACACAAGAGCUACAAAGCUGCAGUGUCCCACUCAGACCAGACACAGUACAUGGAAAAGGUGCGAGGACGACCAAAAGAACAACGGUUCUUACUUUCCCCGGAUAACUCCAACUCAAAAUCUCGUUCCCGCUCUCCCAGUGAGGAGCGCAUGCAUGGGGUCACCAGACAGGGAAACAGCUCCGAAAGCCCCGUUCCCUCCACCUCCGAGUCCAGCACCCCGAGCGGCAAGCGUCGCCUGUCCCAGACCUCCACCUGCUCACACCCUCACAUCUCCUACUCACCCUUAGUGUGCCACACGCAACCUUCAUCGCACGUUGAUGAUGAUGAUGACGAUGGCGACACAACCGUCCAGCAGAUGAUAGGGUGCUGUAGUACUGCUUUAUGGGAUGACGGUGCUGAAGACCAGGAGGCGAGACAGCAGGAAAGUACCCAAUUUGAAGUGGGUGAAUAUCUGGGUUCAUCCGCACGCCGCUAUCCUUCCGAGUCCUUCCUCGCCCUACAAGAUGACGAGCACAGCCCUGAUUCUGCCGCUCCUAUGGAAACUCUUACCUUUGAGGCAGCGGUGGCCACCAGCCUAGGCCGCGCGAACACGGUCAGCGCCUCGAUGCGCACGAGGUCACGGAUAGGCUGGCAGGUGCCCAACGGACACUUCCGGAAGAGAUUGACACAGAGCGUAUCUCUCGCUGGCGGUGAAGCUCUCAGCGAUGCAGAAGAUGACAAAUACUAGAUCAGUCAGUAGAACAGAGACACAACAGGACACAUGUAGAUUUCAAGGAGGACACUGAGGUGGAUGCUGAUCUUCACAAUAUCCAAGAGGUGUUUUAUAGAUAUACAAAUUAAACGUGUUCAAUGAAAUGUGCAAACAGAAAGACUUCAUAUUUAUAUUCUCUUAAUUUCUCAUCAGAUAGUGAGUUUGGAAAGCAACCCAUACAUUUGAGGCCCGAUUCAGGUAUUAAGUGCUUUAUUUCCAGUUGGGGAUCGUGAGUUGAUGGCUUAAAGGCCUGGCUUCACAGACAGAGAUUAGACUAAACCAGGAUUAGGCCAUAGUUCAAUUAGGACAUUUAAG